AUGAGCAACAAAGAUCGAGUCUAUGUUGCUCUUUACUUUCGACAAGGCAUAUCCAAUGAACCUGCCUUGAGACAAGAAUAUCAACACGCCGCCUAUCAUUGGGCCAUCCUCGUUAUGCCGAAGAGUAGCGAAGGGGAGGGAUCCACGUACGAUGUCAAGUACCAGGAUGCCUAUUCCAACCUACCUGGUUCUGGCGGCUGGGGAUACUUCUAUAGAGGUGAAGCCGAUAUGCGCCAGAGUCGUGCUAUUCUUGGCCAAGUGAUGAUUGGCAAGCUUCCUAAAAAUAUCGGCUCCGGCGAUGUCGACCAAAUGCUGCGCCGCAUUCCUAUUCCCCAAGACAACACCGACCCUGUCCAGAACUGUGUUUCUUGGCUUGUUCAUGCUAUUCAGGAGCUCCAGCAGCAUGAAUGUGCCGAGCAAUUUGAUGUCAACCAAUUCAUGAACGAUGCUCUGCAACUUGGAGAUAGAAAAGUCUCCCAGGAUCCAUUGUUGAGGAGCCAACCAUUCAAAGAGAAUUACACGUCACGCAAGUUCCCUUAA